AUGAGCCUGCUUCGCGCACUCGAAAGAGCCCAUAACACCUUCUUAAUAUCCGCAAAGCCAUCUUUGUCAACAUUUACGACAGACAAAAUUCGCAAUGUCUUCGCCCGAGAAAGUCAUGGCUUCCUAGCUGGCAAGGUCAACCAACUUUGUGGACUCUACGGUUUCGAGACAGUCAAAUAUUUCACAUCUCCGACUUGCGAAAAUGUUUUUCUAAAUUUGACCAACCAGGAAGGUAGUGAUUGCGAUGUUACCGCAAACAUGGGGUUGAAAGAUGGCUGCUUCGGAAUCAGGGGCUGUCCAGUAUUCAAAAAUCGGGUUGACCUGCUUGGGAGACGGGAAUCGAAAGCUGAUCUGUUUUCUCAAGUCAUCAAAUGGUUCCAGGACAAUAGCGCGAAGCUACCCAUGAGUUAUAAAGAGGAAAAACUUUAUAUUACUAAAAUCCGCGGUCAUCUUGUGUCCAAGGAUCGAGUCGGGGUCGUUGUUUCUGGAACAACAUCAAACUCUGGUCUCCCUAAUGAUAUAGCACAGCUCCAUAUCACCGACAACAAUACUGGCCGCGGAAUAAAGAGGGCUAGAGAGGAAGACACGGAUAUGCCUGACGGCGAUGUGGAAGUGCCACGAAAGCUAAGCAAACAAGGAAGAAAGAGAGCGGCAAGAAGAACGAACAUAUUAGCGAUCGUGGCAGGUUCCCAAGAUCAGUCCACGCAAAGAUCAUCGUGA